AUAUACCGUCCUUUGUCACAAGAUCUCAGGUCGGUUUAUAACCGUGACAGAGAAAAGAAGGCCAAAAGAAAGGAAAUAAUUCACUGCUCUGCAAGUUACAGGAAGGAGUCCUCAGUCCGUGUUUCGUGCUCCACACCUUAAAGGGUUAAUCAUCACGCCGAAUCCUGGCUCUGCAGAAUUUGGGAUGCCAUGAAUAUAAAUGUUCCACAUCCGACAUUUAGGACCCAUCCAAAGUGACUUAGGGACCAACGCCCACUUCGUAGCGUCGACAGAGAGUCAGUCUGGGCGACCAGAGUUCGAAUCUUCACUCGGCCGUGAAGGUCGUGGGGCAUCCUUGGGUCAUGUUGCAGCUUCUCAGCCUAACUUACCUCUCGGGGUUGUUUUGCGAGGAUGAAAUGGGGAGAGAACCAAGUUCAAAGGUGUCACUAUUAAUAUACAAAGCCCUUAGCAACUUGGGACCAGUUUACCUACAAAAUCGCCUUACCCCUUAAACGCCUCCUGGGCCACUUGGUUCAGUGGAACUGGCGCUGCUACAUAAUACCUCUUCCGCAUUUGCAAGAUUUGAUUGUUUAGCGUGUCAACUCUGGAACUCCCUGCCAAUUGAUAUCAAGCAGGUGAAUUCACUGUAGUCUUUUUGGGGUCUGCCAAAAAACAGGGCUGGGCGAUAAUCUGGUUUCCCCCCUAUUUUUGCAUAGGAGACAUACGUCAUGAUUUGCAAUAUAUUGCCAGGUCAAAAAUUAUGAAACUGAUAUCACGAUAUGGACUUCAAACUGGUUUUGGAUGAUAUAUUGAUAUAUCGCCCAGCCCUACUAAAAAACAUUGCUGUUUAGACAAGCCUACCCAGAUGUUUGGAAAGUUGAUGUGAGUUCUGUUUCUGGUCUAUUCCUGUUUCAACUUUCUGAACUUUUAAUUAUUGUUGUGUAGAAAUUAGAUUAUUAUACUAAAGUAAAAUUCGCUUCCAGUGCUCCGCCCAUUGUUGCUUUAAGCCCCACCCAUGACUGACAUUUGGCCUCUGGGAGGGUCCUCAAAAGGGAAUGCGGCCCUCAGGUCUGAAGAAGGUUCUCCGCCCCUUCCAUAAUAUAAGGUGUCAUGAGACUCCCCUUUUGCUGUGAUGUGGUUUUAGCAGACCGCAAGCUCAACCGUGUGAUGCAGCAGUAAAAAAGGCUAAUGCUAGUCUAGGCUGCAUCAACAGAAGUCUAGUGUCCAGAUCAAGGGAAGUUAUAUUCCAGUUCUAUUCUGCCUCGGUCAGGGCACAUGUGGAAUCCUGUGUCCAAUUCUGGGCACUGCAAUUUAAGAAGGAUGUCGACAAGCUGGAAGGUGUGCAGAGGAGGGCGACCGAGAUGAUCAAGGGUCUGGAAACCAAGCCUGAUGAGGAACGGUUGAAGGAGCUGGGUAUGUUUAGCCUGGAAAAGAGGAGACUGAGAGCCAUCUUCAAAUAUCUCAAGGAGGCGGGAACAAGCUUGUUUUCUCCUGCUCCAGAGGGGAGGACUCGAACCCAUGGCUUCAAGUUGCAAGAAAGGAGAUUUCGACUAAACAUCAGGAAUAACUUUCUGACAGUAAGAACUGUUAGAUAGUGGAAUGGGCUCCUUUGGAAAGUCGUGGGCUCUCCUUCAUUGGAGGUUUUUAAGCAGAGGUUGGAUGGCCAUCUGUCAUGCAUGAUCUAGCUGAGAUUCCUGCAUUGCAGGGGGUUGGUCUAGAUGACCCCCAGGUGUCCCUUCCAACUCUACAAUUCCAUUGCUCUAUGACAGAUACCACGCUCCCUCUGCAAGUCAUAAAUAAACCACAUUUUGUCUCUCUGGCUGCUACUGUUCCUGGGACACAACGUCAGCCGAAUAAAUCUCUGCCUUUUCAACGAGCAGAUGUGUUAGGACCUGUUCGACUUGUCCAGAGAGGAGGAGGAGGAGGAGGGGAGCGUGAUUCAUGUCUGGGAGGCUCUGUGAGACACGGAUCACCAAUCUGGAAUGAGGUGUUUUGCAGCCACUUUCGCUUAGUGCAUUCCCCCGGUGAACCAGGAAGAAGCAAGCCUGAUGAGGAACGUUUGAAGGAGUCAGGUGUGGGAAAGAGGAGACUGAGAGAGGAGAUGUGAUUGCCAUUUUCAGAUAUCUUAAGGUCCCUUCCAACUCUACGGUUCCAUGUCCAAAUGGAAUCUUUGCGGCCAAGUAAGGCUCCCAUCUAGCCUACCAGCAGACACUCAGGCAACUCUAGGAAAGUUACAAGGAGUGCUAGACUGCCCCUGAAUCUGGAAUCUCAGCAGCAGGUUUAAGAAGGAAGCCGCAGAACCUCUUUCUGCCGAACAGGGAGACACCACCGAUGAGGCCGUGAACAUCAAGGACAUGGAACUGAAGGAGGAAUGGCAGGACGAUGAAUUCCCUCGGCCUCUUCCAGAGGAGAUCUCUGAGGAGGAUCUGGAAGAAUCCAGUUCAGAAAUGAGUCCAGUUGCCCCCAACACCCUAGAGCUUUGCGGUCGACGGCGUAUGAAGAAACGACUCCCAGCCCCCGAUCUCAGCUCGGUGAAAUCUGGAGAGGGGCUGGAGGCCACGCCGGAAGGCAGUUUGGACAUCAAUGUGGACGAGCUGGAGACCCCGUCCGACAGCGAGCUCCAGGAGGGCUCUGAGAACGGGCACGAGUUCGAAUGGGAAGACGAUCUCCCCAGAGCCCGGAGGCUGGAUGGCAACUUGCCCGAGAAGUUUUGCACCGGCCGUGUGGUGGACAUCAAGGGCCAAGACGGGCGCAAGUGGCGGAUUUUCCUGACGGACGAGCGGGAGCAGAAAGUGGACCUGGGUGCCAUCGAGCCCUACAAGAAAGUCAUCUCUCAUGGAGGCUACUUUGGAGAAGGCCUGAAUGCCAUAAUCAUGUUCGCCUCAUGUGACUUACCCGACAGCUCCAUCCCAGAUUAUCCAUACAUCAUGGAGAAUCUCUUCAGGUACAUCAUCGGGACUCUGGAGCUGAUGGUCGCCGAGAAUUACAUCCUGGUGUGUCUGAGUGGAGCCACUCCUCGCAGCCAGGUGCCCUCCUUUACCUGGAUCAAGCAGUGUUACCAAACCAUCGACAGACGGCUCCGGAAGAACCUGAAGACGUUGAUUAUCGUCCAUCCCACUUGGUACAUCAAAGCGUUGAUGGCAGUGUUCAGACCUUUCAUCAGCUCCAAGUUCAGCCGGAAGGUGCAGUUUGUGGACAGCCUGGAGGAACUGGGCCACCUAAUCCCUCUGGAGCAGGUCCACAUCCCGGACAGCGUCCACCGGCUAGAGCAAGCCAGGGUCAGUUCCCGGAGCUAAUAGAUGAAGCUGGCUGGAUUCCUUAGCACCUUACGACAGUGUUUUAUUUUUUAAUUUUUUAUGUAUCAAAUGCUGACAAGCACACACUCUCACAGCUGGCUUCUUCCUUCCCCCUCUGUCGCUAAGACCCUCUUAGAAACUUCGACCUGAUCCUGCUUCUUAAACAUUCCCCCCCCUUUAAAAACAUUUCUUUAAAGAGGUUAAAAGGAAAUGAAACUUAACGAGAGUUUUGUUCAGCACCUGAAUUCGAAAAGGAGACAGAUUCUGGCUACUGCAGGGUCUAACUCUGCACAGGACUGACAUUGAAUGUGGCCCAGUGUCUCUGAGCACAUACAGAGUGCAAAGCUGCAACCAAGCAUUCAGCCUAAAGUUCUUUUCAGGAAAGCUUUGGGUCAAUGAUCUCUCGGCUUGCUGCUGAGGUCAUUCCUAUUUAAUUCCAAUUUUUGUUUAAUUCUUAUAAGAGGCUGAAACGGCUGGAAACUUUUGCUCGCUAAACAAAUUGCCGGUGGCUUUUUUGAGCUGUAUUUUGGGAAUGUAUUUGUAUUUUGCAGCUAGCUGGGUGGCUCAAAACGAGAGAGAAGUGGGUUUAUUGUGGGGGAAGGGUUUGGGGGACCCAGAUGAACCCACCUGACCUGGUGCUUGCCGACUCUCCUGGGCAUAACUUGUACAUUUGUAAAUAAAUUGAUAUUAACAAAAGCCCCAAAUGGGACGUUGAGUUUUCAGUGCUCCUCCUUCAGAAUGAAAAAGCUACCUCCAAAACUUUCUAUUGAUCAGGUUGACAGGAAAUGGUUUGUGCAUUCCAGGAAUAAAAUACUGGGUGAGCAAAACCUGGCUUUAAUUUCUUUUCUUUAUGUAAAGCUAUAUAUGCAUAUUUACUUGCAACAUAUACAUUAAAUUUCCUUUCCACUCGGAUAUGUAAACCUGGUGAAUGGCAGCUCAUUUAUUUAUUUUUAAAAUUUGUUUUUAAAUUUAUUUCACCUUUCCUCCACCUUCGCCUCCUGUUAUUGAUGCUCACAACAACCCUGUGAGGUAGGUUAGGCUGGGAGACAGUGUUGGUCCAAGAUCCGUAAAUCAUAUCUAUUUAUCUAUUUAUCUAUCUUGCCACACACACUAGGGCCCACCUUACAAUGCUCACCAACCUGCUCUAUUCGCACCCCCUCCAGCAACCACCCUGCCCCCUUGCCGACCCCUUCUCUCUGCACCCCAACCUCCCAGCCCCUCCACAUCCCUUCAUUGUGCAAACCUCUGCUGUUGUUUAAAACCUGCCUUCUUUCUUGUUCCCAUUCCCACCGAUAUCCUGCAAAUCCAGGGUUUUGAGGCUGCACUGCACAUGCGUGACGACAGCCUUACGUUUUUAUGUAUAUAGGAAGACACACUCUCUCUCUCUCGCACAUGUGAGAAUGUUGAGGACGCACCUCUUUACCCUGAGACUUGAGGUAUGCUUUUAGGACACACAUUAUUCCGUUUAUGAUCAUACGAUGUUUAAAACAGUUUAUCAUAACGUGCCUUGAUGCUGUAACCUGCCCCGGGACCAUAGGGUGGAGGGUUGGCAAAAAAUAAGCAAAUCAGUGAAUGAAUGAAUGAAUGAACGAACGAACGAACGAACACUCAUGCAGUCAACCCAAUAUUAGAAAGAACCUGGUUGUGCCUCUUAAUUUGCUCCAAUAUCGCUCUGCCUUCCAUCCCACUCCAUUUUGAUAAAUCCCGCCUACUUUUCCUCCCCAGAGUUCCACCCUUCCUUUGUUCUCCCCCAGAGUUCUGAGCAGGUUGCCUAGCGAGGCCCCGCCCCCAACGACAGCCCGGCCACGCCCCCUCC